CCUGGGGUGAAGCCGUGGGGGCUCGGAGGGACACGAGGGGGGUGACACGCCGGGGGUCCUGUGGGGACACGGGGAGCCCCGGUGCACGCCCCGUGUCCCGGGGCGGUCCCGGCCGGUCUCGCCCCACGCCCACGCCCGGUGCCCGUGCGGAAGCGCCGGGCGGCGGCCCCGGGAGCAGCCCGAGCGCAGGCAUGGAGCCCCCGCGGCGGGUGCGCCUCAAGCCCUGGCUGGUGGCCCAGGUGAGCAGCCGGCGCUUCCCGGGGCUGCGCUGGCUCGACCCCGAGCACCGCCGCUUCGUCAUCCCCUGGGGACACGCCACCAGGAACCCCCCGGGGCCCCAGGACCACGACACCAUCUUCAAGGCGUGGGCGCAGGAGACGGGCCGGUUCCGGGCCGGGGACCCGCCGGACCCCCCGCGCUGGAAGGCCACGCUGCGCUGCGCGCUCAACAAGAGCCGCGAGUUCCGGCUGCUGGUGGACGGGCCCCGCGGCUCCCCGGCCCAGCCCUUCCGCGUCUACGAGCUCUGCGAGGAGCCCCCCGGGGGCGCAGACGGGGGAGACGAGGAUGACUAUGGCUGCAGCGGGGAGGAAGACGUCAGCCAGCUCCACAAGAUGACAUCCCUGAGCAUCGAUGACACGCAGCACGGGGGGGACCUGCUGCCCCCCUACCCCUGGGCCAAGGAGGAGGCCCCCCCCUUUGCUGGCCACUGCCCCCCGGGGGGGCCCUUUGGGCCUCCCCCCCCGGCCCUGCUCCAGGGGGAGGCGGGGGGCACCCACGGGGGCCCUGAGCUGCUCCCUGGCGCCCUCGCUGAGAUGGGGCCCCCCCUGGGCCCCCCGGGGCCCUCGUCCACCUGCCCGGUGGCACCGACGGAGCACCUGAUCCCCGACCUGCUCGUCAGCCCCCACAUGCUGCCACUGACUGACCUGGAGCUGAAGUUCCAGUACCGGGGCCGCCAGGUGUGCGCCCUGACCGUCAGCAACCCGCACGGCUGCCGGCUGUUCCACAGCAGCCUGGAGCCCACGCGGGAGCAGGAGGAGCUCUUCGGGCCCCUGACGCUGGAGCAGGUGCCCUUCCCUGCUCCCGACGCCAUUCCCAACGAGAAGCAGCGCUUCUACACCCACCAGCUGCUGGACGUGCUGGACCGAGGGCUCAUCCUGGAGCUCCAGGGCCAGGACCUCUUCGCCCUCCGGCUCUGCCAGUGCAAGGUCUUCUGGACAGGGCCCUGCGCCGCUCCCCAGCCCGGCCCCAACCCCAUCCAGAGGGAGAGAAGGACCAAGCUCUUCAGCCUCGAGGGCUUCCUCAACGGCCUCAUCCAGUUCCAGAAGGGGCAGACCCCCACCCCGCCCCCCUUUGAGAUCUUCCUGUGCUUCGGCGAGGAGUGGCCGGACCAGAAGCCCAAGGAGAAGAAGCUGAUCACGGUGCAGGUGAGGGGCCGUGACGGGGGCUCGGGCGGGGUCCCUGCCGCCGUGACGCCCCGCGCUCCCGCAGGUGGUGCCGGUGGCGGCGCGGCUGCUGCUGGAGAUGUUCUCCGGGGAGCUCUCCUGGUCGGCCGACAGCAUCCCGCUGCAGAUCUCGCACCCCGACCUCAAGGACAGGAUGGUGCAGCAGUUCAAGGAGCUGCACCAGCUCUGGCAGAGCCACCAGCGGCUGCCGCCGGCGCAGCCCCCGCCCGGCCCCUCCGCGGGGCCCUGGGCGCUGCCCGGGCCCCUGCCCCCCUGACAGGGAGCGGGGACAGCCGUGGCACUGCCAGCCGCGGUGAGUCACGCCGUGCCCAUCUCGGCUGGUGGGCCGGUCCACGCAGCACCGUCCUCAUCCCCGUCCCUGUCCCCCCAGAGCUGCCAGUGACCAGCACCAGGGCGCUCUGCAGGGGAAGGGCACUGUGACCCCCCACCCUCCCUGCAUUGCAAGGAUAAUCCCCCUGGGACUUUCGGGGGAAACAGCAAGAAAACGGGCUGGGGCCACCUUGGACCUGAAGCCGCCAGGGAUGGGGGUACUCAGCACUGCGGGGGGGCACAAAGCAGCCCCAGCCCUGGGAGGAGAACCAGAGGGACCUUGGGAGGUUUUAAUUUAUUUUUUCAGUUUUUUGUUGUUUUUUAUUGUUCUCGAGAUGGCUACACACCCCCGGAGGGAACCGCAUGCGCCCGCCCGCCCUGCCCGCACUCGAGCCACCGCCUCCUACCCCAAAAUCAAACCAAAGAAAACCCCGAAAAAGGGAAAAAAAAAAAAAACAGAAAAAAACCAAACAAGAAAACAAACGAAAAAAAGCAGAACAAAAUAAAAUAUAAA